CACUCUACGGUGUACAGUACAUACAACAACGCACACAGUACCGCGCAAGAGGCGUGUUUACUUUUGCGUAAGAUUCUGUUCUCGGUUAUAAAAGUAUUGUGUGAAAUUACGUAUAUUACGCUGGUACGAAUGGCGAAGAAGAAUCUUUUAACGAUAUUUAUUUUAAUUGUUUUGGCAAGUCGAGGCGACAGCUUAUACUGUUACAGAUGUAACAGUAACCAUCCAGGAUGCGGGACGCCUUUAAAUUGGCUCUGGUAUUGGGGGGAAACCUGUCCAGAAUACGAUGAUAAAUGCGUGAAGAUUAUCGAAAGGAAAGGAGCUGAAACGAUUAUCACACGCGAGUGUUUAAGCUCGGUACGUAGCUUUAGAACGGACAUUCCUGCGGAUCACUACGAGGGUUGCAGACCCGCUGCCAAAGAUGUGCAACUGGGACAUUACGUCAAUAAUAGCAUUCAUCAAUUGGACAUUCAUCGUGAUUACUACGACGAGGUUACCUGGUGUUUCUGUUACUUUGAUCACAGAUGUAACAGUGCAGAGAACGUUCCAGUUUCAACAGCACUGAUAACAUUAGGAAUCGUCAUACGGUAUCUAACAUGUUAAUGGCUUCCAAUUCUUCAAUUUCGAAGAAACAGAAUCUCAAUUAGAUCGACCAAUCUCUUGGAAACCUUGCGCUCUUUACUCGAACAGCACCUUGGUCUUGAAUUUUCGACUCAAAAUUGUCGCAACAAUGGAAAAUCGUAAAAUCAGCUUUAAGCGAGUGUAACAGUAGCAUCUCGCUGAUAUAUUACACAUGAAAAGCUACAACACAUCUUGUAUUCAAGUAUUAUAUAAUUAAAGCAUGCAUUUUCUUUGCACAUAUAUGCAAAACUAAGACAAUUCGAAUACGUAAUUUAUUUGCGUAAGGUAAAUUUACUUUUUAUUAGUUUGAAUGAAAUCGUCUGAACGCUAUCUCGAGCAUUCGAGAUUUAGAGCAACGCAAGUGCAACUAAUAUAAAUAGCGACAAUUUCACAAAAUUUACGUUGGAAUUGUCGGUACGUACAACAGUUUAUACAUUUAUAUUUAUACAUUUAUACAUUAGGAGUAAAUUAAGAGUCAUUAUAUAUCUAUCGCACAGCCGUCCA